AUGACACUGAUAAUCAAAGACCAACCCAUCCAGCCAAACAAAGUUCUCGUCUUUAAUGGUCAACACAAUCCAAACAAGACAAACCAAAAUAUUGAAGGAAUUUACUUCAUUAACUGCAAACUAUCGAAAGUUCCACAAGGAAUCACAAGAGUCUUCCCAAAUCUUCACAUGCUGCUUAUAAGGAACACAAAUCUGAGUAAAAUCAGUCGAUCCGAUUUAUUUGAGUACCGAAAUUUCAAGAUUUUCUUAUUCACUGGAAACGAAAUUGAAUUUUUGUGUGAAAAUUUAUUCGCUGACUGCAAAAAUUUGACGACAAUAUCAUUUUGUGGAAACAGUUUGAAGGUUGUGCUGCCGUCAAUUUUGGAUGGAUUGAAAAAUUUGAAGUUUGUUGAUUUUAGUGGAAAUCCAUGCUAUAUGGGAUGCUACUCAAAAUUUCCAGGCAAAGGACAUGACACAAGUUUGGAGGAACUUAAAACGGAACUUGAAGAAAAAUUUGAAAUUUUCGGUAAAAAUCCAGAAUUUUUGCAGGAACGCAACAAAGUUUUGGAAAAUUUGAUUUUUAAGUCGAAUGAAAAUGUUCAGAAAAUGUCGGAAAAUGGGAAAACAAUGAAGGAAAAAAAUGAAAAAUUGAUGAAAAUUUUGGAAGCAAAGGAAGCUGAGAUGAUGAGUAUUAAGGAGCAACUUGAUGGAUCAACAAAGAGAAUUCUUGAACUUGAAGAAAAACUUGUGAUUUUGAAGCUUAAUUUCCAUGCAGAACCUCCCUACACAGCCUAUAACACAACAAAACAGUCAAUAAAUCUGAAUGAUUUGAGUAGAAACGUAAAUAAAGAGCAUCAUCAUUAUCAGCAGUUUUGUUCAUCGUCGGUUGCGAAAUUGAUUGAAUAA